AACAUCCGCGUUCCAUUGUAUGUUUAUAUUGGCAACAAAUCAUGGUCAUUCAGUGCGUUGUAUUUAAAUGCUCGAACCGACAAGGAAGUAAAGCAAAAGAGAAAGGUGUAAGUUUUUUCAGAUUUCCCAAAGACAGAAGAAAGCGAGCCGCAUGGAUCAAGACAAUAAACAGAAAUAAUUGGGCCCCAAAUGAGUACAGUAGGGUAUGCUCUGAGCAUUUUGUUGAUUCUUGGCAUAGGGACGACCCCACGGACAUCAACUAUCGCCCGACUUUGUUUUCGUAUAAGACAAGGGAACCAUCCGAGACACAGGCUGCUCGAGAGGAAAGACACAGUAAAAGGAAUUUACUUCAGGAAAUCAACGAGACGGAUAGAACAGAGAGACUUUUGAUGCAGAAACACCACGACUUCAAUCUGUACUCACAUAGCUAUUAUACAUCACAACCCGACUGUCUACAAGACAUCAACAACAACAAUGAUGAGAAAAUGAUUCUUGAUGAUGUUGAUAUAAAGACUUUGAAAGAUGAAGGUGUACAGUGUGACCCUGACCCUCUGCUUACAGGAGAACCUUGA